GAAAUUCAUUCAAGGUUUCAUUCAUUAAUCCGUCAAUUAAUUUUUCAUGAAUUGCGGAUAACAUGUAAAUGUAUGUGAGAAAAUCACAUUUCUUAUGAUUAAGUCAUUAUUUCACAAUUUUUAACGCUUUAAGUAUAUCAAUAUUAUAACGCUGAAGUAUGGCUGAUAACGAAGAAAUUACCGGGCCCAUCUCCCAAGAGGACAUAGAGGCAGCGGAUAAACUGAAAAAUGAAGCAAAUGAAUAUUUUAAAAAACAAAGUUACAAUAAUGCGAUUGAGUUGUACUCAAAAGCAAUAGAAAAGAAUCCGAAGAAUGCGGUGUACUUUGCGAAUAGGAGUAUAGCGAACAUGAGGCUGGAGAAUUUCGGGUAUGCCUUGAGCGACGCGUCGAAGGCGAUAGAACUUGAUAGGUCUUAUACUAAGGCUUACUACAGAAGGGCUGCGGCUUACAUGUCCCUAGGAAAGUACAAACUAGCGCUUAAGGAUUUUGAAUAUGUAACCAAAGUAAGGCCAAAUGACCAGGAUGCUAAGAUGAAAUAUAAUGAAUGCAAUAAAGUAGUUAAGAAAAUUGCCUUUGAAAAAGCAAUCUCCGUUGAUAAAAAGGAGGUGAACAUUGCUGAUUCUAUCAACUUGGAUGCUAUGACUAUCGAAGAUGAAUACGAGGGUCCAGCUCUGGAAGAUGGAAAAGUUACGCUCAAGUUUGUCACCGAAUUAAUGGAGUUUUAUAAGCAGCAGAAAAAGUUACACAAGAAAUAUGCUUACAAGAUUCUAAUCGACGUGAAAUCCUACCUUCAAAAGCAGCCAUCGUUGGUAGACAUCAAAGUGCCAGAUGAGAACAAGUUCACCGUCUGCGGAGACAUCCACGGCCAGUACUAUGACCUGAUGAACAUCUUCAAGCUGAAUGGUCUGCCUUCGGAGGCCAACCCGUACCUGUUCAAUGGAGACUUUGUAGACCGGGGAUCCUUCAGUGUGGAAUGCAUCUUUACACUAUUCAGUUUCAAGUUGUUGUUCCCUGAUCAUUUCUAUAUGUCUAGGGGCAACCAUGAAACUCUAGACAUGAACCGCAUGUACGGUUUCCGAGGCGAAGUCACAUCGAAGUAUACAUCACAGAUGGCCGACCUGUUCACUGAAGUGUACAACUGGUUGCCGCUGGCCCACUGCAUCAACAACAGGGUAUUGGUCAUGCACGGAGGACUGUUCUCCAAGGAUGACGUCACUCUCGAUGACAUUAGGAAGGUUGAUAGGAAUAAGCAGCCUCCUGAGGAUGGUAUAAUGUGCGAGCUGCUGUGGUCGGACCCGCAGCCCAUGGAGGGCCGCGCGCCGUCCAAGCGCGGCGUGGGCUGCCAGUUCGGGCCUGACGUCACGCACGCCUUCCUCGCGCGCAACGGACUCGACUACAUCAUCCGCAGUCACGAGGUCAAGAACGACGGGUACGAUUACGCGCACAACGGGAAGUGUAUCACUGUCUUCUCUGCGCCUAAUUACUGUGAUACAAUGGGCAACCUCGGUGCUUUCAUCACAAUGAACGGCAAAGACUUGAAACCUAAUAUGACAACUUAUCAAGCUGUGCCACAUCCAGACGUGAAGCCAAUGGCGUACGCGAACUCGUUCUUCAACAUGCUCUGCCAGUGAUCACGCACAGGACGCGCUCCUCCACCGGUAAGACUCGCUGGCGAGCUGCUCAUACUAUAUAACAACUUUACCUUCAACUGUCUACUAGAUAUGCACUUUAAUUCUGCGAGAUUAAAGUUCAAUAUUGCAAUUUCAAUGAGAGACGAUCAGUGCCUGCGCGGAAAACUUCCUGUGCCUCCAUAUUGAUGACCUUUUAGUAAAAGAUGCAGCUACGUACUUGUGUAUUGCUGUCUUUUUCUCUCACUUGGUCUUGUACUUUAAAUUAAGGCUGCUUUCAAAGCAUUUAACAAGGCCGUGUAAUUUUAAAGUUAGGGUUAUUUCAGAGAAAAUGUUCUAGCUGCAAAUACAGAGCUGCAUCUGUUUCUUAAAACAUCCAUCUGAUGAAUGCCGCAUAAUCUCGCGACGAGGCCACGAUACCUUAUAUAAUGUCAUAUUAGUGUCGUGUAUAAUACAAAUUGCAAAUUCUAGUAAAACAGUUGAAAGUUCUAAAUCCAUACAGUUGCACAUCGCAGGACUUACUUGCCUUAUACAGAGUCCAAAUUGUCUACAAACAAAGCGAUUACCAACUCUAUGGCUUAAGUUAUACGUGCUACAAUUAUUAAAUUAAGAUAUUUUUACUCAAAUGUAUCAAUAUUGGUCAAUAUAAAUUGGUGAAUCAAAAGCAAUAACGAGCAGUGCGAAAUCUUUAUACUUCGUAGUUAUUGGAACUUUUUGGACGUUUUCGGUUCAAAUUGCAUCAUACUAGUCACUGCUACGCCGAAACACUUAUUAAAAAUGCAAUUUUAGAAUAGUUUUUUAAUAUUUUUAUUAGUAUGCGAUUCACUGGCUUUAGUCUUAAUGGGGGAGCGAUGAGUGAUAUCCUAGGUAUUCUCCAAGACAAUAUGAAGUGUAUUUUUGAGAAAUAAGUAAAUAAUGCGUCACACUUCAGUGGUAACAUAAACACCCCAGUUUCUAAAUAUUUUAAUCUGUACUCAAAUGUACCUCAAGGAAUGUGAUUGGUUGAAUAGAAGACUAUCGACGAUGUCGACCAAUCACAGCCCUUAGUUUAAACUUCGACAGAUUAUCGGAUCGGUCUUUCAGAAACUUUAAUGUCAAAACGUCUUAUUGUUAACACGAUAAGGUCGAUUUUUGCAGUUUAUGUUCCCACUGAUGUGCGAUUAAGUACCGAAGGUUUUUGUUUAUUUUUUUUUUCGCUCAGUCAACGUUUUAAUGUCAUCUUGUGUCUGACGACAUGCGUGUCCGUCUGUCCGUUUGACUGUUCGCGAUCUACUUGUACAUUCUACUCAUAAGUCUUAGUUGUAAACUUUAUUUUCACGCGCUGUUGUGAAUAAUUCUGUAAGUUACGCGAAUAUUUAUCAGUUUUCUCGUCGGUCAUGUGUAUUCAAGAAGAAAAAUACUAGUAAAUACUAUGCAGUAUUUAUAAUUAUGAACUUUCUGAUCAUUAUAAAUUGAGACUUUAAAACCGAUUAAUAUGCGCGUUUAGGGGCCUUUCCGCUAACACUAGGAAAUUAGUGUAAUCCAAUAAGUCUAUUAUAAUAUAAAUAUAAUAACACAAACAGUCACAAUAGCCCAAAAUAAACAUAGCUUGUUAAAUAAAAUGCUAUAUUUUACAUUUUACAAAGUCAUAAAGACGAUUAAAAGAUACCGUCGGAUACAACAGCGCCAAAACACUUUAUUAUUUUGAUGAAACUUCAAUUUACUCCCCGCCAAUAAUACAUCACUCAAUGAUGUCAAAGAUUUAAUAUUUAAUAAUGGAAAUGUAUAUAUUUGAUAUUUUAAAUAUAGACGUGGCGCCGAACAAUAUACGAUUGUAAGUUUUGCAUUUAAUAACAUAUUAUUUAACGAUUUUUAUAAGACAGUCCUUGAAACCUCAAAACGUUUGUCUUAGUGCUCGACAUUAUACAUCCUUGAUAUUAUUCUAUACCACGAGUUACUAUUAAUUAUGCACUAUGUAAUCACCUUGCAAAAUAUCUGUCCAAUAAAACUGAAAUAUUUCAUUGGAAGGCUCAAAUAAAUUAAAGUCUUAUCGAGAUAUCUAAAUCAGGUGUUCAAUUUUAAAAAAUCUUGCCACCUUUUUUGGAGAUUGAUUUUUGCUCUCCCUUCAGACCAGCCAUACUCGACCUUAUCUUCAAGGAAACUCAAGUCGAUUUUUCCUAACUGGCUACCCUGAUAAGAAAUCCCUAAACAAACUCAGUCGUCAUCGCCUCCUUUUAAGUCCAGACAUUGUUGCAUCGAGUAAACAUAGAUCCAUCCAAAAAACCUUACUAUCUACGUCGGUUUGGCGAUUUGUUUCCAAAGAAGUGUUGGUAGGCCCUCUGGUAUCCUAAGUUAUUGAGCACUAAGACCUAACAGACUUAUUUACUAUAAAACUUCAAAAUAAAUCAUUGAAAUAUGUAUUAGUCAGUCGAACAAACUUAUAUCUUUAACGAGGAAUUAACUAAUGCGAAUGUAUACUGAAGCGAUGCGUUUAAAUAUAUUUAUAAUUUACAUAAACAAUUGUUUUAAUUGCUAUCUUACUGAAACGAGUCUUCGCUACGUUCUCAUUGAUUAAAACAAUAUCUGAAAUACACGUCUACAACGAGUUACCACAUUUUAUCUUCGGACUGCCUUGAGCCGCAUUUUAUUUUAUUCCAACAAUAAUAUAAGAAAAUAGAAUCGCAUUUUCUGAGGUGUUAUGGCAACUCAUGGUCUUUGUCAAGUUGGGGAAUGUGUUCUAUACUCAACUGAAUAAGGUUUAGUUUUCAAAUCGUGAGCAGAAAGUUUGUCACAGUCGAUUUCAAUACUGAACUUUACACAGCAAACAUUGAGUUGAAUUUCCAAUAAUUUAUGUCUAUUUCAUGUGUUGCUAUCCCCCCUCACUAUACUAUAAUAUUUUUAACCUAAAGUAAAUAGCAUAAUGUCAUAAUGCAAUAAAAUAACUAUCUACGAAUUAUAACGACCAACGUUGGUGGACUUAGCUUUAUUAGUAAGAUGUACACAAUAGAUGAAUAGAUUUAUCAUGAGCGGGUUUUGAUGGGGACGCCUUGUCUGUUGGUAAGGAAUGAGGGUGCUAAGUAUCUUGAAGAAUUCAGUCCUGGCUUGUAAUGGAUGUAUCUUUGUAGUAUCUUUACUGAAUUGGUAUUGAUUGAACGGUUGAGUUAGUUUUGUGUACUUUGCUAGCAUGAGAAUAGUCUGAAAAACGCUCUCAAGAAACGUUGUAUUUCAACAAGCGUUGUCACUGGUCGAAUCGCUCUGAUGUAUCGAAAUGGAUCUAAGUAACAAAUCUUGAGAAAAGUCAUUUUUGUAUAUAAGAGUGGUUACUGUCAGCGUGGACGCUUGUAAAUUAUUGUUCUAUUGGAGCAAUUGUCACUUGAAAGUUUUAUCGAGUUUGAAACGGCAAACUUACUCGUAUUUCCAUUUUUUAACUAUCACAAUACUGAUUAGUAAAUAAAAUAAUGUUUAAAAUCUUAUGAAGAGUGCUCAACAUCAUGUCGAAGACUCGAAGUUAAACUAUACAAACCGUGUCUACAAAGAUAAUUUCCACAGCAGUAAGCAGUCGCCCAUCAAACUUGCUGUAGCACUGCCUUAAGGCUUCACGCAACGUUUAUCGAAUACUCCUGUGAGCACUUGACUUAACUUGUGUUUUCGUGGUCAUUGUACUUGGACGGUGUGGUCACAUCAGCCAUAAAGUUUGCAAGUGUCCAAAAUAUUGAUUUAAAGGAUUCCAUAUUUCUGUGAAAUGGUUUUUUAAGAAUCAUGGCUGAAUGAUCUGACUUCAGAAGAAACGGCAUUUAACAUACAGUAGUUUUACCGAAACUAACAAUGCAAACUGUUCCUAACACAGCCUAUGCAAACAGUAGCUAGUGAGACCACAUCUAUACAACUCGCAACCACUCAAAUACACGUAACAUUGUAUAAUAUGAGAGCAAAUGUAUCUCCGUAACUUACCCUGGGAUGGUAGCUACAACAGAUUUAAUAAAACAUUCCGCGUUCUCAUCGUGUCAAUGUAAACUUAACAUUUUCUUAUCUUUCAAACCGGUACAGGGUGUGGUUUUACCCAUAUUCGGUAUAGACACAUUCUAUGUGGACAAAAGAGACAAUCCCAAGGGUCUAAUGUUACUAUUAAACAAAAUUUGUGAAUUUCAGUAGUUUUAUUCUAUAAUAACAAUAUUAUUCACAUUUAAAGUGAAACCUUGAAUUUGAAGGAUGGGAAUAUAGAAUAGCACUGCUGUGACACCAAAAAGUCAGUGUAUUAAUCAAAGCAUCCAGCUCGAUAGGAAAUAAUGCUCAAAAAGCAUAAGUUUUAUACUAAAACUCUUAGGUAAUAAAUGAAUUAUGUUAAUAAUUAGAAGUACACGAUUAUGUGAGGGAAUACAUUAUUUAUGUUAAGGUGCGGUAAGGAAUUAGUUCAAGGAUUGCGUUGCCGAGCAUAUCAGAUGAUGUAGAUAGGUUUUGGUGUUGACUUUAAUAAAAUUGUUAAAUUUGUA